AUGAUAACUUCAAGGACCGCAAUUCUACGCCGCAUUUCAGCACGAACAGGUUGGAUAGGCCAACCCAGCUUCUCGACCAAUGCGUCAUAUUUCGAACGAAAGGCGACUUUGAAGCAGCAGCGUGUCCAGGCGUUUGUAGACCGGCUUCAGAAGGAUGAUGAAAGGAAAAAACGUCGAGAUAACUCUCCAAAAGACGUAAAGAAACAAGAAUUUCGAGAAUGGUGGGAAAAGAGGCGAUCAUAUGAAGAUUCUUUGGAUCGAAAGGCAAGGCAGGCCAAGAAAGACUGGCAGAUUCAGGUAGCAGUCGUUUUGGAAAGGAUCCCAGUUGUUCUCGAUGACAUUGCAGACUGGGAGAAGGAUUAUGAUGAACUCAAGGCAUACUUUGCACAAUUUGGAAAAGAGUACCCGAAAGAGCUUGUCCCACCGAGAAAAGCCCCAGUUCUCGUAACAGAUGAAGAAGUUUUUGCAGAGUUGCCUCCGAAUUUUCGCCCGGCGCCUCGUGAGACAAAAGCUGACAAAUCCGGAGAAUCGAAUACAUUAGAUCGGAAGCUGAAAACUCGGGUCUUUUUUAUGCUUGACGAGGGCAAAGGUAGCUGGAAAUUUCCCCAGUCAUCUGUCGAGGGGGAAGAAUCGCUCCAAGAAACUGCCAAGAGAAUCAUAGACAAGCAAAUCGGGAACGACUUGGACCUAUACUUUCCUUCCUCUUCUCCAUCUGCCGUGCUAGUCAAAAAAGAAGAGGAAGGGGACUAUUUUGGAACGAAAACUUUCUUCGUACGAGUACAACAUGACGAAGGGAAUGUUGCCAAAGGACUGAAACAUGGGUGGUUAGAUCGUGACGAGGUUGUUGGAGCUGUUGAAGACGAGGAGGACUCGAUGUUCUAUCGUUACCUGCUAUAA